AUGACCAGCGAAAAUGAAACAAGAAACACAACGAUGAUGAAACGCGUCAAAAUCUGGUGUAAGAAGUAUUUGCUUGAAGGUCAACAACUCGACGAAAAGCACGCGGAAAACCUCGAAAACUUCCCGCAGAAUCCAACGAUAUCCGAUUAUGUUCUCAUCAAAUAUCGCAAAUUCGUCGCCGUCCUCAUACCGUUCGUUCUGGUGCACUCGAUUUGGUGGUCGUUGGCGAUCCGCUACGAUUUCUUCAAAUGGUUUCCAGACUAUUGGCACAUGCCUGUCACCAUGAUUUUCGGCGCCCUCGUGGCUGGCAUCUGA